AUGGCGACGAUAUCGUCUAGCCCCACCGGGAGCCCUUCUGGGGAGGGCACGGAGCCGCUACUCGGUGCAGAGGGGGACGACCGGGGGCGUCGGUUCCGUGUAAGGCCGACCCUGCGUGGCGCUGCGCAGUUCCUGCGCCGGGCGAGCAGCAGGCGGAUGAUGAGGGAACCGUCGAUGAUGGUGAGGGAGACGGCGGCGGAGCAGCUGGAAGAGAGGCGGAGCGACUGGGCAUACUCUAGGCCUGUCGUCGUUCUGGACCUCCUUUGGAACCUUGCCUUCGUGACUGUCGCGGUAACGGUGAUGGUCAUAAGCCGAUAUGAGUCGCCGUCGAUGCCUCUUAGGCUGUGGAUAGCGGGGUACGCUCUGCAGUGCAUCCUCCACAUGGUCUGUGUAUGCAUGGAAUACAGGCGCAGGCAAGUGCAGGAGCCCUCUUUCCUCGACGAAAACGAGGCUAAUCAGGGGGGUUCAGGUUCCAGCACGCCUCGCGGGGCGGAGGAAGCCGACAUGUAUGAAACCGAGCAGGUACAGGACGAGAGGACAAGGUAUGGUUCUAGACGCCGUCUAGAUAGUAGAAGAGGGAAUAGGUUCUUCUGUUGUUUUGUGGGAUAAAACAUGUUAAAUUACAAUUCUCUGUUGGACUAUUUCGGCGGCUAGGGAUCAUCAUUUGUUUUAAACAUAACAUACCGAAAUUGGACAACACCAUUAGAAAGGGGAACUUUAUAUUUGAUGCAAUAUGCCCAACUCAUUAUGCAUCAUAUUUCUCAUGAAAAAGUCAUUCCUGAACGAAGUAUUGACAUUUACUUUUGGAUACAUAAAACACUUGGGAGUACUUUUGUUACUUGUAGUUAUUGGAGUUUGGAUUAUACACAUUACAUUUUAUUGAAGUGAAUUUGACUCAAAUAGCACCCCUGGAGAAGUUCUAGCUAGUCAUGAAAAAAUGGAACUUGUCUUGAUAUCCGGGGGAUAUAACUGGUGGAAAAAAAUAGAGAAGAGUGCUUCUAUUCAUCUGCUCCGAUUCAUUUGGGUGCUUCAGUCUAUGAUGCUUCCUUUAGACAAUUCUUAGUUUUUAGUGUGCGGUAUGCUGUUUCCAAGGUUUAGUGCGCUCUGUUUGUGAUCCCAUGUAGUGCAAACUCCCUGGCUACUGACCAGGUACCAUUUGGACCACUUGUUGGGUUGAUCUCCGCGCACCUACUUUCAUUCAACCGUGGGUGCGAUUGGAUGGUAGUGGAUAACGUAACUCUGAUGACUUCGUCAUUUUGAUUGCCUUUGUGUUAACUUUGUCAUCUUAAAACUUGUGCAUUGUAUUAAUAGGCAAGUGGGAAAUGAUUCGAAAUCUUUUUUUACACUUCCCACAGAGAACGCACUUGUAUCUGACAGGUUCUUCCAAAUUACUCCGUUCGUUGAAAGCAGAAAAUGAUGUUAAAAAUAUCCAUUUUUGUGUAACAGAACAGCAAAGAUACUUCCAUGACGAAGCCUAUAAUGUUCAUCAAAUUGAGUCUCAAAUGGUCGUUCAAAAUUCUAUCAGUGAUUGAUAGCUAUUCUUGCUAUUCGAAGCGGGGUGGUGUAGUCAUAGGCUUUCUUCUCGGAGUCAUGCAUCCCAAUUCAAGGAACUAUACUAAUUUUGUACUUCAAUCAUUCGCCAAUUCAAUUAGUUGCUCUAGUUUACCUCCGUGAAAUCUUGAGGCCCCAAAAUUAACCAUUUCUAGAAAUGGUCUGCUGUUCCAGAUGUGGGGUGGUGUGCAGGUGUGCAUGGCGGAUGUAUAUGAUCCUAUUGAGACCACAUCCUCUCUUAUGAACUUCUUAUGCCACAACUUCAAUUUGUACAUUCCUCGUGACAAUCUCUCCUGGGAAUCUAUACCAUUUUUUUAUUAUUUGGAGUAUUUUAAUCAUUGAUGUUGAAACUGAGAAAAAGCAAAUGGCAGUUUUUUAUAAUAAUACUAGCGUUACCGGUAGCAGGUCCUUGCCUUUGUUUAUCUUUCAUUAUCCGAUGUAACUAGAUGGACAUCCCCACUGAAGCAAAUGAGUGCUUGUGGCGUACAGAAGACAUAAUCCAUACACAUCUUAAUGGAUAUAUUUCAGUGUCUUUUUAUCUGGCACAUCUUAACUAGAUGGACAUAGGAUAUAAUCCAUACACAUCUUAACAGAUCGCUUUCAUCCAGCAUAUCAUUCAGCCUUUAGACAAGUUCUAAACUCAACCCUGUGUAGAGAAAUGAUUAUAUAACCUUAAUUUAUAAUAAUUAUAUUGGUAUUUUCUAUUGUCAUUAAUUUUGGGAAUAUAGUUUUUAUAAAUCAACAUGCAUUUUUAAAGAAUUCUCUAUCUCAUGUCUUUCUUGGCAGUGUUGCAAAGCACCUGGAGUCCGCAAACACAAUGUUUUCAUUUAUAUGGUGGAUUAUUGGAUUCUACUGGGUAUCUACUGGUGGCCAAACCUUGACACGUGACGCACCCCAGCUAUAUUGGUGUGCACUGAAUUCUUUUGAUACAAUUUUGUUGCUGUUAACUUGAAUUAACAAAUUACUGUCGUCCUCCUUUGUUGUGCAGGCUUUGUAUUGUCUUCUUGGCCUUCGAUGUAUUCUUCGUGGUGUUUUGUGUCGCACUUGCUUGUAUUAUUGGUAUUGCUGUUUGCUGCUGCCUGCCAUGUAUUAUUGCAAUUCUGUAUGCUGUGGCAGAUCAGGUAUUCCACUUUUACAAUAGAAUCAUGCUUUCCUCAGAAAAUGUAAUGAUGCUUUUAUUUGCUUUCCAUGUCCCAAGCAGUUCUGUUUUGGUGGGUUUUGAAGAUUUAUGUUGUAUCUUGUACUUGAGGAAUGGGAGUGGUUUAUUGAUCUCGACAUAUUCAUGAUUUAUGGAUGGAUAAAUAUCAGUUGUGAAGGUAGUUCUGCUGACUUUGAAAGUGAUUGUGUAGAUGAAAAAGCUUGAGCCUGUACACUGGUAGUGUACGGUUGUGUAGGGUGCCAUUAAUCUACAUUUUUAAAGAGUGCCUGAGCAAAAAUUUGAGAACACAAGAUGACAAUUUUCUCUUUUCAUGCGAUGUGUGAUUCGCAGGCAAAACUUAAGCUGCUGCUAAGUGUCGUUGUAUGUACCCAACUUUGUUCUUUUUAUGAUUCUAGGAUCUGUGUAUGCGCUCUGAGGCCUGUAUUAGGCUUUGGUAACGGUUGAUAUAUGUAAGUUUCAUUUUUGUGUGGGGAUAAUCACGUCUAGUCUAGUAAGUCAUAUCUACGACGUUAAGGAAAGCAAUGGCUUUAUCAGACAAAUCUAUGGGGACCUCCCCCCAGUCUUGGACACUGGAUUCAGGCAAUGUUAUGGUUGAGCACGUCAUGUGGAAUAAUGGGACCAGUGGCACCAACUAGGAAACAAUGCAGGACCCAAAAGUGUUGAGGCUAGGGAACAUAACAUGGAUUACCGAAUUGAUGGACAUUGAUCUGAUUGCACUUCAUCCGAUUUCAACUUUUAAGGGGGACAAUGGGUUAUCAAAAACGAAAAAGAUGAAAGUAUUAUAAGACAAGUCGGUUGAGAGAAAAGAAAACAUAAGAGAAAGAAGGGAAAAAAUCUCCAGGUGAUAAUCAAACAACUGAGAUGACUGAGAUCUGGUCAGAGGUAAUGGAGGUGUUUUUGCACUAAAUUUUUUCCUACUUUAAAUAUCCAUCAAUCUCACCAUUUGACUGAUCCAUGCCAACAAUAAAUUUUUCAGUCCAUGUAACUUUCCUCUGACUUGAUAGGAUGUAUGUUUAAUCUUACAAGACCCACCAAGAAGAAUAAUCUUUGCAGAUUAUGAAAAUCUGGAAUGUUUGGUCGGCAGCGAAAUUGUGACUCAAUCUAACUUUAAUAUCCGUCAAUCUCACCAUUUGACUGAUACCACUCGUUAAGGAUAUUAUAGAGGGUGAACACCGUCACUCUCUCAGGACAAUAGGCUUAUGGAAAGGAUCAAAGCACUGCGAUUGACAUGACCUUCUUUUGGAAAAUAUAUUUUCCCCACGAUCGCAAUUUAUUGACGGAUAUAAUUUUUUCCCCUCCCUGCUGGCAAAUAGUUGCGUUUUUCGUGUCUGAUAGAAAUGACAAGAAGCUAAAUUGAAUAAGUUAUGCUGAGAAACGUUCCUCUCGUGAUUUUGUGCCAAGUUAUUGGCCUCUAGCCAACCAAUUUGAAUAGGCUUUACAGACAUCCUAUUCCAUCACACACACCACGGCUAAUUGUUAUCAUCGAUUUAUAUUUUUGCUUUUCUUUUACUUGUCUAAUGAGUCUAUAUUAGGAUUCAUGACUACUGGUUUUUGUUUAUUUUUAAACAUCCUUUACUAUUAGGAAGGGGCAUCUGAUGAGGACAUUAGUCAACUCCCAAGAUACAAAUUUCGAAGAAUUGGUGGUGUUGAAAAGCUGCCUGGGGAGAUAUCUAGGCCCUUUGGAGGAGUGAUGACUGAAUGUUCCUCUGAAGCACCUACGGAGCAUGUUCUUUCAGAAGAGGAUUCUGUAAGCCUCCUAUUUGAAAAUUUUUACUGUUCUCGUGCUAACAAUGUGCAUCAUGAUCGUCCAGUGUCCUGAGUGCGAUUGCGGCAUGUUGAAUCUUGCAUUGUGUAUAUUUUUAGUGCAUUGCUCUAUUUUCUUGUUUUAUAUUCAUGCCAAGGUUUGCCAGAUCAGGAAGCACUAGUUCAAUUAAACCCAUUAACUCUGAUUGAAAUUAGAAGCCCCUACCCUGAUUUUGUUGAAACCCAGCUGUCCUUGCAGUUUUGUAUAGCAGAAAACAAUUCUGAUAUCAGUUGGGGCAGUCCAUUUUUGUCUGCCUGAAGAUUCUUCCAAGGCUUCUUGCCUUCCCACUUAAAGAGAGAGGAAGAGUUGGAGAAAGAAGAGGCUGCAACUUGUGCCCAACGAGGGAAGACAAGUGAAGGAAAGUAAUGCAGGACACCACGCAGGUGACUGAUUUUAAGAGAAAUCAGCAAAGUUCAAUUUAAAUGAAGGUAGUCACAGUAGGAUUAUAUUAUUUCCAAACCAGACUACAUCGCAGGGUUGUGAUUUAUGGAAGCUUCCUCUGAGUAGGGUUGAUAUUUAUGAUGUGUUAAGAGUGGACAGGAAUAGGAAAUGUGGAGAUAGGGCUGUUGGAGGCUCAGAUACAGGUAUCAGCAGUAAUAAAGAAUGUCUGAUAACUAGUUAGAUGAGAGGUCUAGAAUAGGAUGACAAAGAUUAUACCUUGAUCUCGUGGAUAGAGACUUGUAGCCUGACGAUCUUGGAGUAAACAGGCAAGCAGCUAUGCUCUUCUGGACGUGUAGAGAUUUCACGCAGCCUAAAGAAACCUAGGGAUCAAACAAGGAUGAACUAACCUCAGCUUUGGAACCACCCUGAUUUCAUAUCGAAGGACCUUCAUGAGAAAGAGGUAGGAGCAAUAUUUUCAUUCAAAAUACCCUCUUUUUUUUUCCCAUCAUAUUCGACCUCCUAUUUUUAGGAGCAACAUGAGGCCCUUUGGAGGGGCGUUCUUAGAUCUGGCCUAUAAACCCCAGUAGCUCCCAUCGCUAAAAUGGGCAGAAAUUUCGGCCUUAAGUGUCACUAAAAAGUAGUGAAGACGGUUGGGAGAUCCUCGGUUCUUUAGUAGUAGACCUUAAGUACUUCAAAAAACGGCCAAGAUAGUACCAACAAAAAGAAAUAGCUUUUACAUUAUUCACAUGUCCAGGCAUAUAUACUUCGAGUGUAGACCUUGAUCUGUGCAUCGCUGACUAAUCGAUGCCCUCAUCACAGAGGGUUGUAAGAAUAUGAGGAACAAUAGGAAAUAAAUAAAUAAAUAAAUGACGUCGCAUCACCUACUGCCAACCAUCACAGUAUUUUUUUUAUCAGUUCAUCAGGGCCUCCUUCGGUAGAGUCACUGAGGGCAAUAUCCUCCGAUUAUGCUGCACCACCGCAUUAAAAAUUUGGGUAUUAUUAUCCCCUUCACGCAGUCCAAUUCUAUGGUUCCAUCCCGGUCCGGUUCCUUAUUGAAUAAUAGCAUUUCCAUUUCCCAAACUGCGUUAAUUAAAGCAAGGGGGCGGGCUUUCCUCUGGUAGCAAUUUUUUAAUUUGAUUUUUUAUCAUUUUUGCUAAAAAUGAACUGGGACGAAUUUUCGGAGCUCUGUUUAGAUUUAUAUCAGAAGAACUCGGCGGAUUUUAGCGUCCUCGCUCCAAUCAUCAACUUCUCAGCGAUUUUGAGUUCAAUACUUCAACAUAUGCCGGUCAUUUCUUUCUGGGUCUUUUGCUCUGCCUUAUAGCGGUCAUAAUAUUCUUCUCAUACAUUGGUGGGUUGACUGUGCUAGCCUGUCAGCCUUGCCUAAAACAGUUAGAAUUUCUUGAAAGAGAAGAAGGGAAUUUCUUCACCCAUCUGGGUCUUUUGAUAUCGUCGUCUUGGUGCCUGCAGGAGUGCUGCAUCUGUCUUUGUACCUACGAGGACGGAGUGGAGCUGCGGGAGCUCCCCUGUAAUCACCACUUCCACACUUCCUGCAUAGACAAAUGGCUGUAUAUCAACGCCACCUGCCCCCUUUGCAAGUACAACAUCAGAAAGGACGGUAGCCAUGGCCGAGAGGACGUCUAG